AUAUUUGAUUGAAACCAAUCGAUUGUUCAUACAGAAAGUUGUCUCUCAUCUCUCCAAAAUCUUCUGCCAUGAAACCAGUGAUUCCCUUCCUGUUUUUAUCUCUUCUAAGUAAGAUAUUAUCUUUUCAAACUGAGUCAGCAAAAAACAAUGGUCAGAUCACUGUAAUGGGCCUUGUUUAUUGUGACAUUUGCUCCAACAACAGCUUCUCCAGACACAGCUACUUUUUACCAGGCGCCGAGGUUCGAAUAGACUGCAACUUCAGGGCAUUUGUUCCGAGAACAAGAGAACAAAUAUCGUUCUCUGUCAACAGAACUACGGAUAAACGUGGGGUAUACAUGUUGGACAUACCAUCGGUCGAUGGGAUCGAAUGCGCGAAGGCAGCCAUUGCAUCGACUUGCCAGGCAAGCUUAGUUGGGAGCUCAUCUACUUCGUGCAACAUUCCAGGUUACAGUAGCACAACAGAUGAGAUAGCAAUCAAAUCCAGACACCCCAAUAUCUGCAUCUACAGCCUAUCUGCAUUGAAUUUCAGACCAUCGAAAAGAGACGUUACUUUGUGUGGGAAAUAAAGCACGACAUCUCAACUUGUUAGUCCCAUAUUACAUAAUUCAUUCUCUUUUUAUUAACACAAUAAUCCCGGUUAUAGAAGAUAGAUACGGUCGCCUUCUCCUCAGCUAUCCAGUGAAGGUUCUUUCUGUUUCCCAGUCUGCACAUAACACAAGAAAUGGAGAGCUUGCGCUACCCUUUUGCAGUUGCCUUCCAGCCUUACUUGGUGCUCUUAAGGACGAAAAAAGAGCCAUAUAUUAAUCGGUAUUUUCAUCCUUUCAUUGUUGUUUAUGCAUAUGGAGUCAAGGUCAAGCUUGUGGACAUACAUGAUCGAUGUACCAUAUAUGUUAUUUAGAUAUUAGUAAUGACAGUAUUU